GUUUUACUAUCAUAUUUUAGGAAAAUAUUUAAAUAAAAAAUGUAUGCACAGUUUCAUUAAUUUUUAAAAAGGACUGUUGCUAGUUUGUUUAAAUUUCUUACUUAUUCACUUAUAUAUGUAUUCUCAAGAUAUGAGCUAAAGAUGUCGUAUGAAAAUGUUAUUGAAGCUGGAAUGUCAAACAAUGAUUCUGCUGAUGAAGAUGAUAAAGAUAAUUUUGAUGAAAAACCUGGAAGUGCAAUAAAUGGAGAUUGCCCUUUAUAUAAUGGUGAGAAGAUUAUAUGCACAGCUUCUGACAUAACAUAUUUUUGUCCAUAUUCUGGGAGAAUUAAAGGAAUCCUUUACAUAACUAAUUACAAACUCUUUUUUCAAGGAAAUGAGGAGAAUGGUAUGUUUACUGUUUCAUGUCCAUUAGGAAAUAUUUCAAAACUAGAAAAAGUAGGCAGCUCAGCUAAGCAAAAAACAGAAAGUGUAUAUGGACUAGAAAUGUAUUGUAAAGAUAUGAGAAACUUAAAAUUUGCUCUCAAAUAUGAAAAUACACCCAGAAGAAAAUUGGUUGAUGCUAUACAGAAUAAUGCUUUUCCAAUAUCAAAUGGAAGGAGUUUUUUUGCAUUUGAAUAUCAAGAUGAGUUUCGAUUAAAUGGUUGGGAAGUUUAUGAUGCUAAUCGGGAGAUGACACGAUUGGGUCUUCCAACUGAUUGCUGGAGAUUAACAGAAUUGAAUCGUGAUUAUCGAUUAUGUGAUACAUAUCCUGCAGUUCUUGCUGUGCCUGCCACAAUAGGAGAUGAUGAAGUUCAGAACUGUGCCACAUUUAGGAGCAAAUCAAGAUUUCCUGUUCUUUCCUGGCUGCAUCCUUCAAAUAAUGCUUCUAUAACAAGGUGUAGUCAACCAAAUGUUGGUGUUGGUGUUGGCGGAGGUGGAAGAAGAAAUAAAGAUGAUGAAAAAUAUAUUCAAGCAAUCUUGGAAGCAAAUUUACAAUGUCAUAAACUUUUUAUAAUGGAUGCAAGACCAAAAAUUAAUGCUGUGGCAAAUAAGGCCAAAGGCGGAGGUUAUGAAGACAAUAAUGAUUACCCUAACACUGAGCUGGUGUUUCUUGACAUUGCAAAUAUUCAUGUUAUGAGAGACAGUUUACGUAAGCUUAAAGAUAUGGUAUAUCCAGAAGUUGAUGAUGCCCAUUAUUUAUCAAACUUAGAAGCAACACGUUGGUUAGAACAUUUAAAGGCUGUUAUAGCUGGAGCUGUUCGUAUUGCUGAUACUGUUGAUAGAUGUCGUACAUCUUGCAUUGUACACUGUAGUGAUGGUUGGGACAGAACUCCACAACUAACAUCACUGGCUAUGUUGCUUCUGGAUCCUUAUUACAGAACUGUUCAAGGAUUUGAGAUUUUAAUUGAAAAAGAGUGGUGUAGUUUUGGACACAAAUUUUCUCAGAGGUAUGGUUUAGGAGAUAAAAAUCAUUCAGAUGAUCAACGAUCUCCAAUAUUUGUACAGUUUAUAGAUGCUGUGUGGCAAAUAACAAAACAAUUUCCAUGUGCAUUUGAAUUCAAUGAACAUUUCCUUAUCACAAUUUUAACACAUUUAAAUAGUUGCCUAUUUGGAACUUUUCUUUACAAUUCAGAAACAGAAAGAGUAAAAGAGGAUAUAUGUAACAAAACUCAUUCACUUUGGUCUUUUGUAAACAGCCAGAUAGAAGAGUAUUUGAACCCUUUGUAUGCGAAACUACUGCAUCAACAUGUAUUACUACCAGUUGCUAGUGUUCGUCACUUGAAACUUUGGAAAGCUUAUUAUAUGCGUUGGAAUCCAAGAAUGCAACCACAGGAAUCUAUGGAGCAUAUUAGUAAGGUUCUAUCUGCUCGCGUAAAGCAAUUAAGAACAAUGUGUGAAAACUUGCAAAGUGAAUUAGAUGCACGCGCGACAGUUCAAGUAUCUCCUGCAAAUGAAACUCGCAAUUCAGAAACUUGGUCUGGCACAAUUUCUGUGACAUCCUGCUAAGUAAAAAACAACACGUGACAUUUUUCUAACAAAAAUUGAGCACUUCACUUACCUAAAGAUUUGUUUGUUCGAAUUAUGUUUCGUAGCAAGCACAUUGAAUUAUGUUUCGUAGCGAGUGCAUUGAAUUAUGUUUCGUAGCAAGCACAUUGAAUUAUGUUUCGUAGCAAGCACAUUGAAUUAUGUUUCGUAGCAAGCACAUUGAAUACUUCACAUUCCUAAAAGCUGACUUGAUCUCCGCCUUACAUCUUCAAAAAUAAUGCAUUUUAUAUAUCUAAAAACAAUUUUAAUUGAA